AUGUGUUCUUUCCGCCGAUACCUUAGCUUCGUCACCCAGACCGCGAACAAGACCCUGGCAGAUUAUGUUCUUCUGUUCCGCCAAUGUGCGAUCGCAGACGUGAUGCUUGUCGUAAUAUACGCAAUCCACGUCUUUUCCAGCGUGUCGCUCAUGGUCAACAACUACGACGAGGCCACCUUCCUUGAGGUGGUUCUGGUGGUUUUGGGGGUCUCCGUAGUCUUCUUGUGGCUCUGCGACGCGGCGCUGGUGACACGCUUGGGCAGCCGCGUGCGCGAGGCCUCCGCCAACGGCACCGUGAGCCCAGAGAAGGUGGAGACUGUGAUCAACAUGAAGCGCCUUUGCGUUGCGGUGUCUGGCUUGGGACUUGCCGUCUACACUUUACGCUUCUGUGUGCAGCUGUGGAAGGCCAACGAGUCAUUGAACACUUUUAACAUCUGCUUGCUGGUGCUGCUGCUCUUCACGAAGGUGCUUCGGCUGCUGGCCUUGAACUCUUUCAGCACUUGGCUGAGGACCGCCGGCACCGCCAGGCAGAUUGAAGCGCUCCGCACUUCCCUGGAGCGUUAA